AUGUCUUCGGAAUUCUUCCGUAUCGACGAGCAUACUCUCGAUGCUUCACAUAUCCGUGGUUUCCCUCGAACUACCUCCACACACCAAAAUGAAGUUAUGCAAUUGGCGAUCAAGCAGUACACGCCGCUGAACAAUCCCCACCCUCAGCCUGGUGACAUAACCAUCAUCUCCGCGCACGCGAAUGCAUUUCCCAAAGAACUUUAUGAACCCCUUUGGGACGAAUUACUCAAAAUCUGUCAACAACACUCCUUCAAGAUCCGCGGCAUUUGGAUAGCGGACGUCGUUCACCAAGGUCAAAGCAGCGUUCUCAAUGAAGACAAGCUGGGGAACGAUCCAGCAUGGCUCGAUCACAGUCGCGACCUUCUCCACAUGGUCAACACCUUCCGCGAUAAGAUGCCUCGUCCUCUCAUAGGUGUCGGCCACAGCAUGGGCGGUUGUCAACUCGCGAACCUUGCCCUCAUUCACCCACGACUCUUCGAGACCCUGAUUCUCUUUGAUCCAGUCAUUCAGCGUCAGCUCUCCUUAUCCGGAAACGUGGGCCCUGCGCAUGCUUCCGCGAAACGGAGAGAUCGAUGGCCUUCCCGCGAAGAUGCAGCUAAAAGCAUGCUACGCAGCAAAUUCUACCAGUCAUGGGACAAACGCGUCUUCGAACGCUGGAUUCAACACGGUCUCCGUGACCUGCCCACCUCGCUAUACCCUACGUCUGAUGCCACCCCCGGCCCUCUUCCUGCGGCUGUAUCCAGCGACCCAAGCCUGACGCCAACACCACCACAGCCUAGAGAAGUGACAUUGAAAACAACCAAACACCAGGAAGUCAUGACUUUUCUCCGCCCUAACUUCGCCGCUCGCCCCGGCGUCGACUCCGAGCCUUCAUCAGCUGAGUUUUCCGAAGCGAACCCUACCGCCAUAAACCGCCGCACACAUCCCGAUCUUAUUCUACUUCCAAUGCCCCAAACGCCAUUCUACCGUGGAGAGUCCAUGCUUGUCUUCCGACAACUACCCUUCCUGCGUCCCUCAGUCCUUUACGUCUUUGGUAGCCUCAGCUUCCUGACACUUGAUAAAAGGCAGAUAGAGGAGAAAAUGGAAUUAACAGGCUCUGGACCCAGUGGCAGUGGCGGAGCGAAGGAAGGCAGGGUGGCGAACGUGAUGGUUCAAGACGCGGGGCAUUUGAUUCCAAUGGAGAAGGUGGAGGAAAGUGCGUUACAUGCGGCAAGUUGGAUUGGUAAGGAGAUGGGAAGAUUCUGGGAUGGAGAACGGAGGACCGAAGCAGAGUGGCAAGGGAAGAAGGGUGUAGAACGAAGUCUGCUAUCUGAACGAUAUGUGCAAGAGUUGGAAGGCAUGGCGCCGAAGAAGGGUUCCAAGCUGUAG